CUCCUGACGUCAUCGCCGCGCGCCGCCGCCUGCGCUUCUGCCACUUCGCGGGAGAAGUUGUUGGCGCCAAUGGAUCCCGAGCCCCGAUAACGGAUUCCCCCGUUAGCCGAGGGCCUGCCCACCUGCUCCUCUUCGAUCUUGGGGCUGCGAUGGACAUUCGGAAAUUCUUUGGGGUUAUAUCAAGUGGAAAAAAGCCUGUGAGUGAGAGCGUCAAGAAGAAUGAGAAAGUAAAACCUUCGGAGGGGACUGUCAAAGGGAAGAAGGGAGCCAAGGAGGUCAAGGCUAAUAACUCCAGUAAAGAGGAUGUCUCCAAACCAAAGCCGCACAAGAGGAAGAGGAUCAUCUAUGACUCAGAUUCAGAAUCAGAGGAGACAGUGCAGGUAAAAAAUGCUAAAAAGAAAUCAGAAAAAUCAGAAAAAUUGCCACUGUCUUCUAAACCUGGUAAAAUUUCUCGGAAGGAUCCUGUUACUUACAUUUCUGAGACAGAUGAAGACGAUGACUUUGUGUGUAAAAAGGCGGCCUCCAAAUCCAAAGAGAAUGGAGUGUCUGCAAACAGUCACCGCGGAGCAUCAACCGCGAAAAAGAAUGAAGAGACCACUAAGACCAAGAAUAAACCUUUAUCACCAAUAAAGCUUACACCAACGUCAGUGCUCGAUUAUUUUGGAACCGAAAGUGUCCAGAGAUCUGGAAAGAAGAUGGUGGCAAGCAGAAGAAAAGAGUCUUCUCAAAACAUGGAUGACUCCAGGUUAAAUGAUGAGGCCAUUGCCAAGCAGUUGCAGCUUGAUGAAGACGCGGAGCUGGAGAGGCAGUUGCAUGAAGAUGAAGAGUUUGCUCGAACGUUAGCCAUGUUGGAUGAAGAACCCAAGACCAAAAAGGCCCGAAAGGACCCUGAAGAGGGAGAAUCAUUUUCACCCGUCCAAGCUGAUAUAAGCAAAGCAGAAAACCAUAAAAGCCCUGAUAAAGAGCACUUCUUAAACGAAAGGAAGCCUGGCAGUCCUGCUCAGCCCAGCAGGGGUGGGUGCUCCAGAGGGUCUGCCCAGCCCUGCAGAUCGUCAGCUCGCCAGAGCGAAGCCUGUUCCUCUCCCAAGGCUAGCUCCAAGCUGGCACUUAUGAAAGCAAAAGAGGAAAGGUCCUACAAAGACACAGAGCUGACGGCCUCAAAAAGGAAAGAAAACGCCAUUGAACUCAAAGGAGAGAAACAAACUCCUAAGAAAACCAAAAGUUCUCCAGCUAAAAAAGAGGUAGGAACUUUACAGGGGGACCAGAGCUGUGCCAACAAGCUGCUGCGCUGGCUCCGGAACUGGCACCAGAGUUCCCCCGGAGAGAAGAAGCACGCAAAAUUCGGCAAACUUUCCAGCAAAGAUGACGGCUCCAGUUUCAAGGCAGCACUGCUCUCCGGCCCACCGGGCGUUGGCAAAACCACAACUGCUUCCCUUGUGUGCCAGGUGGGUGCGGUGGAAUGGUCAAAACUAAAUGCAAGUGACACUCGGAGUAAGAACAGUUUGAAAGCAGUUGUUGCUGAAUCCUUGAACAACACCAGCAUCAAAGGCUUUUAUACAAGUGGAACAACUCCUUCAGUAAGCUCGAAGCAUGCUCUCAUCAUGGAUGAGGUCGACGGCAUGGCCGGCAGUGAGGACAGGGGCGGAAUUCAGGAACUAAUAGGCCUGAUAAAGCAUACUAAAAUUCCCAUCAUUUGUAUGUGCAAUGACAGAAAUCACCCCAAAAUUCGCUCUUUGGUUAUGAGCAUGUGGUGUGCACAGAGCAAGGCACUGACUUACGACCAAGCCAAGGCUGACUCUCAGAGGGCCAAGAAGGACAUCAAACUGGGUCCAUUUGACGUUGCCCGGAAAGUGUUUGCAGCUGGAGAGGAGACUGCACACAUGUCCCUGAUGGACAAAUCGGAUCUCUUUUUCCAUGACUAUUCCAUAGCCCCCCUCUUUGUCCAGGAGAACUACCUCCAUGUGAAGCCUGUGGCUGCAGGGGGGGACAUGAAGAAGCACCUGAUGCUCAUAAGCCGGGCCGCAGACAGCAUUUGUGACGGUGACUUAGUGGACAGUCAGAUCCGGAGUAAGCAAAACUGGAGUCUUCUGCCCACACAGGCCAUUUAUGCCAGUGUUCUUCCUGGAGAGUUGAUGAGGGGCUAUAUGACUCAGUUUCCCUCCUUCCCAAGCUGGCUGGGGAAGUACUCCUCCACGGGCAAACAUGAUCGGAUUGUUCAGGACCUCGCCUUGCACAUGAGUCUCAGAACUUACUCCAGCAAAAGGACAGUGAACAUGGAUUACCUGUCACACAUCAGAGAUGCCCUUGUGCGACCCUUGGCCUCACAAGGGGUAGAAGGAGUUCAGCAUGUUGUCACACUUAUGGACACCUACUAUUUGAUGAGAGAAGACUUUGAGAAUAUCAUGGAAGUUAGCAGCUGGGGUGGCCAGCCCAGUCCCUUUUCCAGGCUGGAUCCCAAGGUGAAAGCAGCCUUCACAAGAGCUUAUAACAAGGAGGUCCAUCUGACCCCAUACUCACUUCAGGUAGUAAAGACAUUGAGACUCAGCACAGUGCAGGAAACUGCCUUAGACGGGGCGCACCUUAGUUCUAGGUCUGAGUCGGUGUCCUCUGCGCUGCCACCUCUCAAGGCUCUAAGAGGAGGCGUGGUUGGUGCCCUGGGGGCAGCGGUAGAGACCUGUGACCUUGCGUUUCUAAUUAAAUUGUGGGCAAAGAUUAUGCUGUCGUUUCGUUUACCUACCGUUUGUGUUAUCUCUCCUCCACAGAAAAAGACAAGAUCUUCAAAGCCUUCAAAACCAGAAAAAGACAAGGAGUCCAAAAGAGGAAAAGGAAGAAGCUGGAAGAAAUGAACCCGUUGUUGAGUUCCAAUAGCUGCUUUUCACUUACCCUCUCGGCUAGUCCAGCUGGUCCAGAGAACGGAAGCCUUCCCUUUGCCAGAGUAACCAUGUGUAGACAGUGGGGUGGGUGGCCUGCUGGUCCCCUUACAAAGGACGGUACAGCUAGACGGUCGGACUAGCCAGCUCUCACGCACCUCUUAUAGAGGUGCAGAGGACUGCCCCAGGCCUGCACUGUCCCUGCCCACCGAUUAGAUUGCUGGGAUCCAGGGUGACUGUAGACUCAGUACUCAGUCCCCACACAGGCUUUGAGCCGGAUGUUAGUUAACCAUAGCCAGUCUGGGCAGUGGAACAGAGAGGCAUCCUUGUAGCUUAAGUUUCUCCUAAUGGCCGUUAAGAGGACCAGUGCUGAUUUUUUUAAAAACAUGGUAGUUCUUAUUUUAUGGUGAAAUUCUGUAAAUAAACCUUAAUACAAAGCAGCUACCACCUGGAGCUGAGCAUUCUUGGUCCAUUUUCAGGUAUCUUGCAGAGUAUGAAUCAAGAACCAAAUGUCCAUGUAAUGCAUGGAUCAUUCUUAAGAUUGGCAUCUUGUACAGCCAGAUGUUACGCUGGUAUGUUCCUUCCCUGGUUACUUUGGUUGGAUUAAAACAUCCGGCAUACCCUGUGACUUGAGGGUCUGCAGGUGAGGAGCUAGAAUCCCAGCAUCCCUUUGCACUGACCACGUUGCUGCUGUAGUCUCAGAGGCCUCUUGGCUAGUCGGGUGUGCAGACACUGGACUGCCACACAUUCCUGUCUUCCUGCAGUCUCAGCCUUCGGGGGAAACCAUAGCGUCCAGGAUGGGGCAGAUUCACAGGCUGGUCCAUUAUGGCUGGAGGUACUGUCCGUGAUGGGGUUCAUAUCCCUACUGAAGUUUCCAAUGUAUCUAGAACUGUGCUUGUUGAAGGACCCUGGGGCCAUUGAUGUAACCUGGCCUUUAGGUGUUUAACUAUUUUUAAAUCAGCAAGUGCGCAGAGGACCAUGCUGCCUCUGUGAGGUAUAUGCCAAAAAGAAUAUAAGGACCAUGCUCUGCCCGGAGGAUGCAUGGCCUUGUUGGGAGAGGAGACAAAGUCCUGGAGACAUUGCAAGUGUAAUAACGAGUGUGAAAAAGUGUGUUUCCUGGAAAUGGGUUCAUUAUGGAAAUAAACUGCCCUGAAGCCUGA